AUGGAAGAUUGCCAGACCUAUGGCAAAACAUUCAUGUUCAUGUUCCAAAGCCAAUAUGCCAGCGAACAAAGAGAAGAAGCAAAAGAUCACGAGAAGAUCAACCGUACUAUAGACAAUGGAAAACAAAAGUCAACUGACCAAAGGAGAAAAAAUAUAAAAGAAAAUAUGAACCGCAAAUGA